AUGGGAUUAGAUGGAAAGUUUAAAAGUCUAAGAUUAAAAUCUACCUAUGAAAGUGUAAUCACAUUGGAUUCAAGCCUGCUCAAAUUGCUACAUGAUCUGAGCUAUCAGUUGGGCAAACCAUCUACUGAAGACAGAUUUUUGUUUUUUGACCAUCUCAUCGAAGCUGCUUUGUCAGUCUUGUUAGAGGGCAUAACAAAAAAGUCUCAAGAAUCAGUAUCUGUUCCUGAACUUCCCAAGGCUCCAAAAGUGGCAAGUGGUCCAAAGGUCUCGGAGUUAAAAGCCAAGGUAGAAGCUGAGCAGCAUGCGCUUCGCCGAUUGCGGAUGUGCCUCAGAGAUGUUUGCAAUAGACUUUUAUAUGAUAAGAGGUUUGGUGCUUUCCACUAUCCUGUGUCGGAGGAGGAUGCUCCAAACUAUCGCACAAUCAUUCAGAACCCUAUUGAUGUGGCUAAGCUGCUGCAGAAUGUAGACUCUGGGCAGUAUAUUACAUGUUCUUCAUUCCUGCAAGAUGUUGAUCUUAUAGUUUCCAACGCAAAGGCUUACAAUGGAGAUGAUUAUAAUGGUGCUAGGAUUGUUAGCAGAGCUCAUGAGCUUCGAGACGCAGUACAUGGGAUGCUGUCACAAAUGGACCCUGCACUAGUUGCAUAUUGUGACAAGAUUGCAGCUGAAGGUGGUCCAGAACAUAUUCCAGAUGGUUUAGGGGUAUCUACUUUCCCCGUGAUACCUGUUGUACAGCUGGGAACUGUCACUAGAGCGAGUGCUCGACUUCGUAAUGUCCAGCUGGAGGUGCCUGUGGAUCAAAAUUAUGAGGCUUGCAGACGGCCAAAGAGGAUUGUCGAGCCCCAGCUGGAGGUGCCAGUGGAUCAAAAUUAUGAGGCUUUGAAACAGCCAAAGAGGAAUGCCGAGCCCCAGCUGGAGGUACAUGUGGAUGAAAAUUAUGAGGUUUUGAAAUGGCCAAACAGGAAUGUUGAGCCCGCACAUGCAGGACUGCUCUUGGUUGCCUCCUGUAAUUUUGAAAUAUUUAUUCCUGAGAGCCCUCAUAAGAAAGAAGGCAAAAGGCAAAAGAGAUUGGACGAUUGGAGAAAUGAAGGCUACUCAAGGCCGAAGUUGAACACGGUUUUCUAUGGGUCUUCAACUGCAGAGGACAAGUCAUGGCUUCAGGAUUCAAUACUGUCCAAGUCAUCGCAGGAACCUGAGACAAAUGAAACUAAUCCUGAAGUGCCAGAAUCCUCCCAUCAGCAUGAAACUUCUGGAGAAAUUUCUGGCCAUAAUUCUCAUGUGAUUGGAUCCCAAGACAUCACCAUGUCAGAUGGUGAGAUGACAAACCAAAUAGAGUCUGUGAGGCGACUUUUUGUGGAAAGGACUGAAAACUAUGACAUUCCACAGCUAGAGAGGCUUUAUACUAGAAUUAUGAAGGGCAUUUUUGACAUCAAGCACAAAGGUGAUAUAGAUGGCACCAAGCCUUCAAUUUUGAGGUAUUUAUUGAAAUUUGCGGAGGGUGAAGCAAAUUUAUGA